GGCCGUCAGAGAGAGAGGGUGUGUCUCUCCCUCUCUCCUCUCCUGUGUUUACAUAUCUAUAAUUACCCUCCAAAAAUCUUCCAUACUCAAAAUUAUAGUCAGUGAACUACGUAAAUAUAAUUUAAUAGAAAAAGUGAACAAUUAUAUAUGAUUGUUCUGUUAAGAACAGUAUGUAUUAAACUUUUGUUCUGCGGAAAUCGGUGAAGAACUGGAAGAAUAAAGAGUUUGGUGAACAGAGAACAGUGUUGAACACCAUCCUUGGAGGAAGUUCUCUGAGGGAGUGUUGGUAGAACUGAAGAACAUUUUGAGGGGGGAUAGAACAACUGCACUCUAAAACCAAGGAAAGAACAAGAACACUAGCACCUGGACAAGCAGUAGAACACGAAGAACAAAUAUUAGAACAAGCUGAAGAGCAGUCAUAACAGGCAGUAGAACAACAAUAACAAGCAAUAGAUCAAUAAAAUCAAACAAUAACAAUAGAACAAGCAAAAGAACAGCAAUAUAACACAAAUAACAAGCAACAGAAUAAUAACAUGCAACAGAACAUCAAUAACAAGCAAUAUAACAAGAACAAAACACCAGAGUAGAGAACAUCGACCAACAAGAACAGAAGAACACUCCCCUCCACACGGAGGAGAACAAGAACAGAAAUGUUCUGGAUUCUAAAAAGACCCAAAUUCACGGCCAAUUUCUUCAAUAACAUCAUUAACAAUAACAUGUUAUACAAAGAUUCCAGAGUGUCAUCCAGCAGCAGCAGUCAGCAAGGAUAUGACCGCCUGACUAGCCCCACUGUCAGCCCCACUGUCAGUCCCACUGUCAGCCCCACUGUCAGUCACUGUCCUAUUGGUACUAUAGCACCCAGCACUACGCCCACGACCACGCCCACGACCACGCCCGCAGCCACGCCCACGACCACGCCCAUGGAUGUCAAUCAGACAUCAUCUGACUGUGAGACUGACAUGAGUACAUCAUCUGAUGACGAUGAUGAGAAAGUGACGUGUCAAGUUUGUGAGAGAAUAUUUCUCACCAGGAGACUUCUUGUGUCUCACCAGGCCAGGAGGAGGCAUUAUGGGUGUUCAACAUGUGAGGAAGUCUUCCCGUCAUUAUUAUCAUUAAUGACACAUCAAGAGGCCAGCAAUCAUUAUGAUGAUGAUGAUGAUGAUGAUGAUGAUGAUGAUGAUGAUGAUAACUUGUAUGAUCAUCAAGGCAACCAUCAAGAACGUGAUCAAUUAUUAUUCUUAUAG